CAGUCCGAAACAAUCAACCACCCUUCUCCAUCUCACCAACACCCAAAUUGCAUCUCUUUCAUCAUCCAUAUUCAACUGUCCUCAUUAAUAUUUUAUUAUCCCUUAACUACCCUUAGGGUUUCCUCUUCGAUCCAAUCAAACCCUAGCUCUCAAUCAACAACCACCAUGUCCUCUCAAUCUCCGUCAUCUUCCUCCGACGACACCGCCACGCCGCUGCUCACCACCACUUCCGACGGCAUCUUCCGGAGCCGUCAAUUCGUCCGAACCGCCCCCUCCCUCCGCGGCGCCGCCCGGUUCCUCCGCCGCGCUAGCAGCCGGAGAAUGCUCCGCGAGCCGUCUAUGCGCGUUCGCGAAUCCGCCGCUGAACAGAUCGAGGAACAGCAGACUGAUUGGGCCUACUCACGGCCCGUUGUGAUUCUAGACCUAAUUUGGAACCUUGCGUUUAUUAUUAUUUCGGUUUCUGUACUGAUUAUGAGUAGAAAUGAGGAUCCGAAGACGCCGUUGAGGCUUUGGAUUGUUGGAUAUGCGUGUCAGUGUUUGCUUCAUAUGGUUUGUGUGAAGCUUGAGUAUAAUCAGAGGUAUCAGCAGCGUAAUUUGGAAGUGAGUAAUGGAAGUUUGGUGGUGAAUUCGUCGAAUUCAGGGAGUGAGCGAAGGGAUUAUGCGGAUUUGGCAACUGAUAGGAAUCAGAAUGAUGGUGGUGAUGAUACUAGUGUUGCUAAGCAUCUGGAGUCUGCUAAUACGAUGUUUUCCUUUAUUUGGUGGAUUGUUGGAUUCUAUUGGGUCUCUUCUGGUGGUCAAUAUCUUACUCAGCAUGCACCUCAGUUAUACUGGCUUUGUAUUACAUUCUUGGCAUUUGAUGUGUUUUUUGUCGUCAUCUGUGUUGCUGUGGCAUGUGUUGUCGGUAUUGCUGUUUGCUGCUGUCUACCUUGUAUUAUUGCAAUUUUGUACGCGGUAGCUGAUCAGGAGGGUGCAACCAAAGAUGACAUUGAACGACUGCCUAAAUACAAUUUCAAGAAAAUUGACAAUUUCGAGAAACAAAAUGGGGAGAUCGAAAAAGGUUAUGGUGGAAUAAUGGUAGAAUGUGAUACUGAUGCACCUGUUGAACACGCUUUAUCCGAGGAGGAUGCUGAAUGUUGCAUUUGCCUUUGCAUGUACGAUGAUGGAGCCGAACUCCGUGAGCUUCCAUGCUGCCACCAUUUUCACACCACUUGCAUCGAUAAAUGGUUGUACAUCAACGCCACGUGUCCUCUUUGCAAGUUCAACAUUUUAAAGAACGGGAUUCAAAGUGGCAGUGAUGAAGUAUAACCGGUUAAGCGCCACAAUCUUUGUUAUGUGAUUAUAAUGUAAAUUUAUACCCAUACCCUUGUUAAAAGUUUCUCAGCUUUCGGGAUCGAGGACUGAGAGAGGGGACAGACCUCUCCUUUUCGGCGUAUUAUUUGAUGUGAAGUUGCAUAAACUUGCGUGUUGUAGUGUAGGUUAAUUCGUUGAGACAUGACUCCGGUUUGCGACAUGCAUUAUCAGUUGUAUUCUAUGCAUUGUAACUUGUUGACAGCCGUAGCAUUUUGCAUUAUUGGUUAUCCUUAAUGCACUGUAUCCUCUGUAAUAUUCACAGUGACAUUGUUUGGAGACUAUGGGAUUUUAUAGAGUGAAGUACACCACUAAAUUGCAAUUGA